CUUGGUUGGAUGCUUACAUCUACGCUAUGGAUGGAAUUGAAGGAGAAAUGGCCUGAAGCAUUUUGGGACGAUUGGAUGCGUGAAUCCGGGCAACGGAAAGGUCGUGCAUGUAUUCGUCCCGAGAUAUCACGUACGGGCAUAAGUUUGAGAGGCAAAAAGGGCGUUAGUAAAGGCCUCUAUUACGAAAACCAUUUGAAACAUAUCGUUUUAAACAGGAAUUUUUACAACUUUUCACAAGCUGAUCUAUCGUAUUUGAAAAAAGACAUUUAUGAUCGUAAUUUUAAAGAAACUGUGCUCAAAGCUGUUUCUGUUCGGAUCAAUGAAGUGCAAAAUGGGAAAUUCUCAAAUGGCACUAUUUUACCUGAUAAUGUAAAGCUGCUCUAUGAUACAGUGCUACAUUUCAGAAGGAUCGCGAGAAGAUUUGAAGUUAUGGACGAUUUUCGAGUAAAAUUUUCAAAAUUUAUCUGUUUUUUUCUUAUUGUUUUGUUUUCUUUUGCGAUUGAUUUCAAUCAUUUUUUUUUUUCUUCCUGUUGA